AAACGUGCGCGAUGUUUUGCAAAGAUUUCGUCUGUUUUGAAAAAGAUGAAGACACGUAGCCGAAAGUUUAAGUAAUAAAAAGUAGUAUUGGAUGCAAAAAAAUCUUGAUAUGAUUUCACAAUUUGCUUUAUUUCCACGUUGUCUAAUAUACUGGAAAAGGUUCAAAUUAUCACUUUCACUCACUCAAGUAAAAUUUUUCAAUGAAACUCGCCAACUAGACAUUAAAGAAAAUUUCAAUCCAUUUAGGAAAAAAUUCGUAUCAAAAAACCUGUUGGUAAACGAAUCCAGAGUUGCAAAUCGUGUGUGUUUGACUGUUAUUGGGAAUGGGGCUUACGGUCAGCCACGCUGUGUAGGUUUGUUUACUGAUUUAAAAGGUUACUUAUUCAAUUGUGGUGAAGGUGUUGGAAGACUAUGUAGAGAAUAUGACAUAAAUAUAUCUCAAAUCAAACAUAUUUUUAUAACAGAAAAAAGAUGGGAAAACCUAAGUGGUUUAUCUGAUAUAAUUGUCACAAAUGAGACAUUUGGAAUUCAGAACAUGUAUAUGCAUGGACCACCAGGCAUUGAAUAUUUUUCAAAUCUGCUUACAGCUUCUAUUACAUCUUUACAACUAGUAAAGAAGCCUCUAACAGAUAAUUAUUACAUAGAUCAUUCUGUAAAAAUUGAUUAUGUUCCUGUUAAGAAAAUAAAAAGUCCAAUUGAUUCAAAAAGCAGACAUCAAGAAGAUGAAAAUGCUGUCUCGUUUUCUUAUAUCAUCAAUGUAUUUGAAAAGCAGGGAGAAUUAUUGCUUGAGGAAUGUGUGAAAUAUGGUGUGCCUGUGGGACCAGCUUUGUUAAAGCUGAAGAAUAGAGAAGAUGUGACAUUACCAUGUGGAAAAGUGGUUUAUGCUUCCGAUGUUCAUAGUGCAACUCAACCUGGAACAACCUUCUUAGUUGUUGAUUGCCCAUCAGAAGAAUAUUUGGAUGCAUUUAUUAAUGAAGUAAAGUUCCACAAGUGCCAGCUACCUCAUGAUAGUGCAGAUAAUAUUUCUGCUGUGUUUCACUUUUCACCAAUUGAUGUCAUAAAAAUGAAGAAAUAUGAAGAGUGGAUAAACAGGUUCCAUCAGAACACAUAUCACUUUCUAUUGAAUUCUUAUAAUCCAUCGAUGAGCAGUGCAGCAGUUCAUCAAACACAGAAUAUUCUUCACCUUCUGCAUCCUGAAAUAUUUGGUUUAAUACAGGAAGUUGAAAAACCUACGCCAGUUUGCUCACAUUUACAUAGAAAAAUUUUGCAGCCCCCUCCAUUCUUACAGUACCAUUUUCGGCCUGUAGAAAAACUUUGUUGGUCUAAUACCGUCAGUCUUAAUCCAGAAAAUUAUAUUCAAAAUGCCAAAUCUGUGCCAGGAUUUGAGGAGAAAUUAAAGAUUUUACAAAACAAACUAAAAUGUAUACCAAGACAGGAUGGAAAUCCUUAUCCUGAAGUCUUAUUUCUUGGAACUGGUUCUGCAACAUCCACUGCAUACCGCAAUGUUUCUUCUAUUUUGAUUAAUGUUAAUUCUCACAACAGUAUAUUGUUGGAUUGUGGUGAAGGUACAUUUACUCAACUAGUUCGUUACUUUGGGCAGGCUGGAGCUAAUGAUGUUCUGAGAAGGCUAUCUUGUAUUUUUAUUUCACAUCGUCAUACUGAUCAUUAUUUGGGUUUAUUUCAAAUCCUUAAAGCAAGAACAGAAGCUUUUGCCAUUGAUGGUAAAUAUCCACAACCUCUAAAUCUAAUUUUACCAUAUGUAAUAAACAAGAGUCUGAAAAGAUUUGCUGUCAUCUUUGAAUCAUUUGGAAGAAAUAUCAGAACAUUUUUUUGUCGUCAUAUGAUGAAUGAAAAAGAGAAAGAAAGCGAACUGAACAAAUUUUUAGGAGAUCUGAAGCUUCAAACAGUUCUGGUUGAACACUGUUCAGAUGCAUAUGGCAUCAUUUUGGAAUAUGGUUCAGAAUGGAAAAUAGUUUAUUCAGGGGAUACAGCUCCUUGUCAGAAACUUAUUAAUGCAGGUAUGGAUUGUACAUUACUUAUACAUGAAGCAACUAUUGAAGAUAAUUUGUUAUACGAAGCUAAUAUGAAAAAGCACAGCACUCCACAGCAAGUAAUAGAUGUUUCUGAAAAGAUGAAUGCACAAUACACUAUUAUGACUCAUUUCAGCAAACGUUACUUAGCUGUUCCCAUCUUGCAAGAGUAUGACAAGAGACAUGUGGGUUAUGCAUUUGAUUUUAUGAAGGUUCACCUACAUGACCUCCCUCUGCUACCACUGUUUGUACCAGCAAUGAAAAGUCUGUUUCAAGAGCAGCUUCAUAGUCAUCUGGUAAAAUCAACUCCUAUUGCAACUUUUGAAAAUGCUUUGUUUAAAUCUAGAACUUGAAUAUUCUUUAAAGCUAUUUUGUAAAUAUUAUUUUGUAUAUAAAUUUUUUGAAAAAAAAUUAAAAAUAAAUAGAAAUGAA